AUGAGUGGUAUAGCUUUAAAAAUAACAUCAUUAUUAAUACGAACAAUUGCAAAACCAAUGUCAAAAGCAAUAUCAGCAUCAGCACAAUCAAAUUCAACUUUUAGAACAAUUUGUAUAAAAUUUGCAAAUAAUUUACAUAAAACAGAUGUUAAAUUAAGAAUGAAUUUAUUAGGAGAAAAAAAAAUAAGAGUUAGACCAUUAAAUGAUAAUAAAGCUAUUGAACAAGGUGCAACUUUUAUAUCAGAAUUUUUUAUUUUUAGUGUUGCAGGAAGUUUAAUAUUUUAUGAAGCUUAUAGAAGUAGGAAAAAAGCAAGUAAUGAAAGAGAUGCAUUAGCUGAUGAUAUAACUAUUUUACAACAUGAAAUUGAAUAUAUAAAACAAAAAUUAGGUGAUAUAAAUAUAAAAUUAGAUGAUUAUAAAAUUCCAGAAGGAUAUAAACCAAAAUAUGUUAAAAUUGGUAAUGAUAAUAAAAUAGAAAUGGAUAAUAAAACUUCACUAGAUACUAGCAACAACACGAAUACGACGUCCUCCACAAAACCUGUAAAUAGUUAG